AUGGGUACCACAGGACUGACACUGGCAGAUUUGCCAAAUAUUUUUAUUAUGAUCGGCGCUCUCGUGGCGCUUUUCGUAAUGUUAGUCAUUCUACUCAGGAACAUGGAGGUGAUAGGCAUAAUGGGCGAGGGUCGGGAAGACGCCUGGGCCCGCAGCAUGCAACCACCCAGGCUUCUCAUGCAGAGGGUGCACAUACCUUUCACAUUUAAAGUACAGGAGAACGCACCAAUCGGAUAUAAUGGUGUAAACUGCUGCGUGUCCUCAACAGUAAGAUACUGGCACGCGAGCUGGUGGGGAGCUCCUGUACGGGAGCUGCACAGGACGCUAUGGGGCUCGUUAGCAGAGAUCCUAGCCUCCAAUAACUUCAAUUUUACAAAAAACAGCCCCCACGAUGAGAAGACAUUGAGGCUAUCAACGGAGGAACCACUCCAGCUGGGGCCACCUCCUCGGUCCUGCUACCCUCUGGUGGUGAUCUUGGCGAGAGAUCUCCGAGACACAGGGGAACUCAGGCCUGAUGAUACGGUGGCGUUAAUUAGCGUGGUGCACAUCAGAGACGAUCAGUGUCCGCUGCCGAGCGGUGUGAUCGCGCAGUACUUGAAGCAGGCGAACGGACAUCUGUCCUGUUUGAAGCAAUUGUACGUGAGCGGCGAGUGCGGGCCGGCGGAGGCGUGCGGGCCGUGCGGGCCGGAGUACGGCGCGGCGCCGAGCGCGGCCGACGCGCUGUGCUGCGUGUGCGCCGCGCACCCGCUGUCGCGCGCGCUGCUGCCCUGCAGGCACGCCUGUCUCUGCGCGCACUGCCUGCCGAAACUGGACAAGUGUCCGAUAUGCCGCAGCGUGAUCACCAGCUACUUCUGCAUCCGCAACGACGACGAGCGCGACCUCACCGAGCUCAAACAGCAACGGUUCUUCAACAGACGGCUCUUCAACCUGUUCCACUAUCAUUAG